GAGGACAAACGCAGGCGCAGAUUCGGAAAAGAAAAAGAAAGAAAGAAAAAAAAAAAACCCCGCAGCAGCAACAGGCACGAGCGCGCAGUCUCGUCUGGUGUGAGUGUGUAUAUAGUGAGGAGUGAGAGGGACGCGCGCGCGCGAGUGCUGUGAUAAGCGCUCCAAACUCCAGCAGAACUCCAGUUGUCUUUAAACAGGAGGGACAGAUAUGAGGACAGCUGGAGCUGACUCGUAGCCGGUGUUAGAACGCGUUUUAUCCGAGGACUUUAUUUAUUUAUUUUUGUUCUCAGUGCACGAGCGGUCUGGUUGAACGCGCUUCUCCAAACUUUGGGAGGAGGAGAGGAAAGAGCGGUGGCCAGACAGGAAGAAAGAGUGGGGUGGAGGAAGUGAGGGAGAGGGUGAUAAAGAGAGAGAGUGACUGGAGGAGAGAUGGAGUCGCUAUCAGGCGAGUCAGCCACCGUGGAUGAACUGGUGGAAGCCUGCAUCAGUGCAUUCGAUGAUUCGGGGAAACUAAAAGACUUGCCGUUGGUGCGGAUGUUUCUGAUGAUGCACCCCUGGUACCUGCCGUCAACAGACCUGGCCAAGAAGCUCCUGCUCAAGUCUCAGGAGGAAAGCUGCACCGCCGAACUCAGAAGUCGAAUCUGCCACCUAGUCAAGUUCUGGAUCUCGGAGUUUCCUGUCGAGUUCAAUCUUAAUCCGGCUUUGGCUGAACAGAUUCGAAAUCUGAGGGAUCAGCUUACCACGGAAGGCAAUGAGCAGGAGAGUCAGCUUAUCGACAUUGAGAGUGUCCCAUCAUAUAAGUGGAAGCGUCAGGUGACCCAGCGCGUGCCGUCCAUGUCGAAAAAGAGGAAGAUGUCCCUUCUUUUCGAGCAUUUGGAUGCAUCUGAACUCGCAGAACAUCUCACGUAUAUGGAGUAUAAAUCCUUUUGUAAGAUCCUGUUCCAGGACUAUCACAGCUUCGUGAGACACGGCUGCACGGUGGAUAACCCCAUCCUGGAGCGCUUCAUCAUGCUCUUCAACAGCGUCUCCCAGUGGAUCCAGCUCAUGGUGCUCAGCAAGCCCACGGCCCAGCAGCGCGCCACCGUCAUAACGCACUUCGUACGCGUCGCACAGAAACUAUCGCAGCUGCAGAACUUUAACACCCUCAUGGCGGUGGUUGGAGGCCUCAGUAACAGCUCCAUCUCCAGGCUCAAAGACACACAGGCCCAGAUCGGGAACGACACCAACAAGAUCUUCAACAGUCUGCUCGAUCUGGUCACAUCGUCUGGGAACUACAGUCAGUACCGGCGGCGCUUCUCGGAGUGUUCAGGUUUCCGCUUCCCGAUCCUGGGCGUUCAUCUAAAGGAUCUGAUCGCUGUACAUGUGGCUCUGCCUGACUGGGCUGAUGAUGAGAAAACGCGUGUCAAUCUGACCAAGACCCAACAGCUUUACUCCAUACUGCAUGAGCUGGCACUGGUCCAGACCAUGCCGCCCAACAUAGACGCCAACACUGACCUGCUUAACCUUCUCACGGUAUCACUGGACCAGUAUCAUACAGAAGAUGAGAUCUACCAGCUCUCACUACAGAGAGAACCUCGAGGCUCCAAACCAGCUAACUCAAACCCCACCCCCAACCUAACCGCUAAGCGGCCGUCGAUGGUUGAUGAGUGGGCGGCGUCGGUGAAGCCUAAAGCUGAUCCUGCCAUCAUCACCAAACACAUCGAGAAGAUGGUUGAAUCUGUCUUCACGAAUUUCGACACAGACGGAGACGGCUACAUUUCCCGUGAGGAGUUUGAGAGCAUCAGGAAUAAUUUCCCGUAUCUCAGCAAGUUUGGAGAGCUUGAUACAAACCAGGACGGGAAGAUCAGCAGGGAGGAGAUGAUAGACUACUUUAUGAAGGCCAGUUCACUGCUGAACUGUAAGAUGGGCUUCAUACACACGUUCGCAGAGACCACUUACGUUAAGCCCACCUUCUGCGAGCACUGUGCCGGAUUUAUAUGGGGCUUUUAUAAACAAGGAUACAAGUGCAAAGUGUGUGGUGUGAACUGUCAUAAGGCAUGUCGCUCACGGCUGGCGGUGGAAUGUCGCAAGCGGGCGAAGAGCAUCAGUCACGAGCCACCGCCCGCCCUUCAGGCUCGCUCUUACAGCUUUCCACCUCCAUCUAACUCGCACUCUAAUCUCCAGAGUUCAGUGAUUGCAGAGGAGGAUGCAGAGGCGCUAAGGGAGGCCGUGUUUGAUGUCCAGCUAUAAUCCAGGUUCCUGGCAGAAGAUUACCACUGGGGAAAAACAAACAAGGAAGAGCCUUCCUCUUACCAUCUUGGCUCAAGUCAAAUCCAAUUCAUACAGAGAAAAAGAAAAAUACCUGUAGGACAUGACUAUGAAAAACGCUUCUGUUACCACCACUGGUCUGUUAGUAGCCUGAAUCGGACGUUGUCAUGCGAUCUUAUUGCUCAGAGAAGAUCACAGCUCCAGGACUAAAAGAUGUCAGCAUGCUUCCAUCUUGUGGACGAGAGCUGCAAGUGCAGAGCAGAUAGAGCACUUGUCUCUCGUCCGUUUUUCUCCUCCUUCCAGUGUCAUUUUAAACGUGAUAUUUUUAUAUAUAUAUAUAUUAUGGAUUUAUCAAUAGCGUAACCUUUUAGUGAUUAGCGAGUCUAAGAAGAGAGCGGAACCUUUUAUUAAAAUAUUAAAUCUUUAAAUAUAAAUAGAAAUAGUUAUACGUAACACUUUCUAUGAAGGUUAUAUUUACAGUAUAAUGAGCAGGAAGACCUUUCAUAAUGUGUUGUAUUAAAUUUAUAAGGCAUCAUCCCUAGCAUAAUGAAUAUUAAUAAAGGGGUGUUCGAGUCAAACCGGGACUUUACAUUAUGCAGAGUAACAGAACAGAGUAAAAACACCGGAUAUUUUAUGAUAAUAUAUUGUAUAAUACUUUUUUACACCAGAGCCAUGAUUUGGACUCCCUGCUUCACAUCUGAAACGCUGGCCUCCCAGGAACUCCUUUAAUGGCCCCUUCCUUUUAUGGUUUGAUCACCAAAGGUUUUUAUUUUUUUCGUUUGUUCGUUUGAUUGUUUUUUUAGGGACAAUGCACAACUUCAUACGGCUCACCGCACCACAUGCCUAUUUACAGCAACUCCAAGCCACUUUUCACACGUCUGUACCAUUUAAGGAGUUCCUGGGAGGCCAGCGUUUCAGUCUGAUCAUACUAUAAAAACUUUCAAUUCAAGCACUAGUGAAACUUUAGAAUUGUAAAAAAAAAAAAAGUGUGUUAGUGAGGCAGAAAUAAAGGAAGUUUUUACUCUCAUAACUGUGUUUUAUUAUUCCGUUCUGUUAUCAGAAGUCCCGGAUUGACCUGAACGUCCCUUGUUCCUUAUAGCUAUCAUUUUAUAACACUAAUCCAAAAAAAAAAAAGAAAGAAACUGAUCACUACCAUAUAAUGCAUCAUGAUAACUGUUUGGAUUUUAAUUUUUUUAUUUUUUAUUUUGUUAAUCAGGUAAUUGUAUUUGAACAUGAACUCUGGGACAGCAAUUUUUAAAUGCAUUCCAAAGACUUUGAUUAUAAAAAGGCUAGUUAAACAUCUUUUAUAUUAACGAUUACAUCAUUAUCUACAGCAUACCACCUUAUGAAAGCAUUAUGCUUUAAAAUUUUUUUUUUUAUAAAUGUUAUGGCCGUGAAUACAGAGGAGAAGUGUGGGUAACGUUCUAUGAAGCCCAUAGUCAUUAUACUUAUCAUUCUUUAUAAACAUUUCAGUAAUGCAUUAUAAGCCUGUAAUAAUAUACUGCAAUCAAUAAUUCCUUGAUAAUGUAAUCAUGUUAAUACUACGCUAAGUGUACCCAUUUAUUAUAAUGCCAUGCAGUGUACUGAUAACUUUCAUAACUCGCCCGUAUGUAGGAAAGUCUCUCAAAGGUUCAUUAGGUGCUAGGAGUGUGUGUGUGUGUAACUAAUGAGAAAUUACUAGGUUUCUUAGUACAUUUAAAGAAAUAUAAUAAAUAUUUUUUAGCUAUGGAAUUAUUAAUCGUCGCAAAUUAACCAUAUGUUUAGACGGAGCUAAAAUGAUUGAUUAAAUCUCAAUCUUAUUUAAAUCACAUAGCGAUGUUUGAAGCUAUGCAAUGUAUGCUAGAGGCAACAUUUUGAUUUUCCAUUUCGAAAAAAAGGUUUCUCAUUUUUUUUACAUUCAUAACUUUUCUAAUCCUGUUUAUUUUUAUAAUUGUUUAAAAAAUGUUUGCUUUAUGUAUUAAUUUUAAAGUUUGUUCAAUACACCUGGCUUUAUAAUACCUGUUUGCACUUACCCGACAACAUGAUUAUAAUUUAUCAAGCAAUUACAUAUUAGACUUUGCUUACAAGCGAUCAUUACGUUCAAGUCAAACCGGGACUUUUGAUUGGAAGGAACUCUAUAUAAUUCUCUGCACUAGCAUUUCACUAGUGCUUUGACACCAUUAAGGUAGGAAAAAAACUCAGAAUGUCAUCGCUGAUUGGACUUCUUGCUUUACACCUAAAACACUGGCCUCCCAGGAACUCCUUUGGUUUAGAGCGAGAUCAGGACCGUACGAGGGAUGUGGUGAUAACUCUCAGCUGAGUUCUUGUAAUGUUUUAAGGAUCAGGCGUUCAACUCCAUGAAUGUUCACGGGAACAUCUGCAGUGUGAACAACCUCAACCCCAAAUCAAAUGUCUUACUGAAGCUAAAAGUCCCGGUUUCACUCGAACGCCCCUUGCUUGUAUAAAGAAUUCUAAGCACAUUUCUAAUGUCAUAUAGACCUUAUAGAAAUGUUCUAAUUUCAUAUAGACCUUAUAGAAAGUGUUACUGAACAGAUGCAUUCCUUUGCCCUAAAGGUGCUGAGAUACUUGGAACGCAAUGUUAAGCCAGCUUGUGUUUUCCUUGUGAGUCAUUCGCUAUUGACUGCAGUGUAUUUCGUGCUUCCUGAAUAACGUUCAGCUUGUGAAAAAAAAAAAGUGCACUGUACAUACUUUGUCCAUUUUUUUGGGGGGGGAAUGACUGUCGUAGCCCAAGUGGAUAUUUAACUGAAUAUUUUUUUAGGUUUAUUUUGAAAUAAAUGGAUUUUUAUACGUGUUUAAGUCAUAAGAAAAAAACUUAAUUCUCAGAAAACUUCCAAUAACAGAACUAUGAAUGUAGACAAUUUAGUUGAUAUUGUCCUGAAAAAUUAAGAAGAAAAAAAAAGUCAUAUUUAAAUAUCUGAAGGUUAAUGUUUACUUGCUAUCGUAUUCCGAGUGCACUGCCGAUAUGCGAAGUAUGUUUAAAGUCUUAUUUGGGUGUUUAUUUUUUUAGCAUGCACUAUGAACUUUUUUUUAUACUACUUUAAAUGUAUAUUGUAUCUAAAAAGCAAAGUAGAGUGAACUUGCUGUCUAAUGUUCUGAUGUUGUGCUCAGUGCCACGUGUUAUCCUGAUAAUUUAUGAUCCUAUUAUUCAGCAAGUCUAGUCGGAUGUUUUACAGUCUCUCAAUAGACAAGACUUCCAUAUAAAAAAAUGAAGUAUAAGGUUAUUAAAGUCUGCCUGCUGCCCAUCA